UGGGGCCCACUUACGACUCCAUGGAGCCCCCCGUCUUCAUGUUCCACUAGCUGGGCACUUCAAGGCGCGGGUUCUUCUAUCUAUGUUACACCUAUGGUGCCCUCAGACUGUUUGCCUGGUGGGUCGCGUAUACACAGCCCUGGUACAUGCUAUGGCGACUAUCAUAUCGUGCAGAUCAUCGAAUGGAGGACAUCGGAUUGGAUGUCGGGGGGUAAUCGCGUGUUUGGUAUCGCUUGUUGUGAAAGUGGCUUUACCAAUACAGACAGUGGCUUUGCCUGGUGCUGGUCAUCGUUUUCCACGCCUAUCACUGCGUAUCCUACUGAAUGGGUAGAUUCCAGAAGCGAGAUUGUGAUCCGAACGGACAACGCCACAGUUCUUAGCAGUGGGAUCGCGUCCGUGGGACCUAUGGGAGCCUACUGGCAGGAAUCAGAUCUCUCGAAAUUCGAUCCCGACUAUGCGGCUAUACUCGCAUCGAAAUUUGAUCUUGACUUCACACCGACAGCCAUAGCCACAGCCGAUGCCACAGCCGAACCAGCGUCUCCGCCAGAUCGAAGUCAGUUCGCAUCAGCGACGUCGUCCCUCGAGAUGGACUCUGAAGAAGCCACCGGUCUCAGUAGCGGCGCUAAGUCAGGCAUUGGUGUUGGGGUAGCCUUCGGAGUAGUACUACUGUGCGCUGCUGGUUUCUUACUUUACAGGAGACGCGUUCAGAAGGUGAAGCUCGAUAGCAAACUUGCUUUACAGAACGAACAACCUGAAUUGGUUCAGACGCGCGCCGCAUAG